UAAAUUCAUAAAAUGAUUAGAAAUAUAUCAUAAAAACAAGAUGGAAAGAAGAUAGUUAAAAAGAAUACUUAAAAGGAGCUUGAGCAGAUUUACAAAUUAGUCUUGCUGUUACAUCAUUUGGAAGUUGAUUUAAGUCUUUUGCAAGAUGAAAAAUUGAUUUCUUUUAAUGAUGUGGCUUCUAUUAAUUAUAUAAAUAAAUCUACUGAUCAAUUAAAUGGAUAAAGAAAAGAAGAAAGUAAUUUUUUAUUUUAUAAAAGAAAAAAAAACUUUGAAAACUUAAAAGCAACAAUAAACUUAAUAAGAAAUUUAAACUUUAGAAUAAGAAACACAAUACUUAUGUAAAGACUUUUUCGAUUAGUGUUAAAGAAAUAAGAAAAAGAGAAGAUUAUGA